AUGCUUCGGUAUCAUGGCUGCUUCUGGUCGCGUCUGCGCCCGAAACAACGCUGUGACGGCGCCUCGCCCUGCUCUCGUUGCGCACGUCUGGGCCACAUCUGUGAGCCUCAACAGCCCGGAAGACCUGCAUCUGAGGUCCCUUCGCUAGCUUAUCGCAGACCUAGGGCUUCCCGAUCGCGCGGUGGAUGUACCUCCUGCAAGGCGCGAAAGAAGAAGUGUGAUGAGAGCCGACCUCGAUGUAGUGACUGUCGUCGCUUAAACUUACCAUGCCACUGGAAUAAUCCAAGGGAGCGAUCUCCAUCGCCAGCCCUCGCCUCUCCGCAGCCGUCGCCUACGUCUCCCUCUUCCGAACCUGCUCAUGGAACUAUCCUAUUUUCCGUUUCGGAUCUAGUCCCAGAGCCCGAUCCGAUAUCCCCUUCCGAGAACAUAUUAUCAUCCGUUAGUGAUGAUCCGCUAUCUCCAUUCUCGCCUCUUUGGCUCGAUGUGGAGAUGAUCCUCGGACCCAUUCAGUCCCCAGAUGGCGCUUUCAACCCCUAUCUCCACAAUGACGACGACCGUAGCCUAUUCAAUCACUAUGUACAUAUCGUUUCACGAGCUCUAUCACGUUCCACGACUACUGAAUCCAACAACCCAUUUCUAGCGACUCUGCUUCCCAUGGCCGCCGCAUCGGAGACGCUAACCAGCGUCAUACUGGGCCUUAGUGGCUGCCACUGGCGGCGCAUCUAUCCUCAAAUAUGGGACCGUGCCCUGGCGCGCCAGGGACGAGCCUUGGCACAGGUGAGCAACCUACUCCGUCGGCCGAACCAAAGUCGCCAAUCUUUCCUCGAGGCCUGCGCCACAAUUCUCCUCCUCUGCCUCACAGAGCUAUUCGAGGGCACCUCUCGUGUCUGGAAAUGGCAUCUCAAAGCCGCAGGAAAUCUUCUCAGUACUGCGGCAGGUACCACACAUCGCCACCGCCUCGCAUCAACCCCUGAAGGGACCUUUUGUCUCCAACUCUUCCACUACCUUGACGCCAUGUCCACCAUAUCGAGAUGUAAACCCCCGUUGUUACGUGCAGGUGAGCGACUUACGGACCUUACCUCAUCAACUUCCUGCUCUUCUCUCCCAGUACCCCUCGGCGACAAUUCUAUCUCCGGGAUCCCUCCACCCCUACUAGAAUAUCUCGGCCGGGUCAACCUCCUCGCCGCCCACCGCAGCCGACGUGUCGACGACCUCUCCGAAAUCGGGUUCCGAACAGCCGCUGCGCACGUGCGCGCACAACUUGAUACCUGGCGCCUUGAGUACGAGGCAACCAGCACUGCUCUGACGAACAGUGAUGUGGACAGAGCAACAACAGCUUUCGAAUGGGCCGUCCGAUUACGACUACAUCAGAUCGUGGACGGAUAUGAUCCGCACCAUGCGGACGUCGAGAAUGCCCUCUCUCGUAUUGUGACGGCCGUGUUGGCGAUCCCUUAUGGUAGUCCCGUGGAAGGUACUCUGUUGUUUCCGUUGGUGAUUGCUGGCGCCAGCUGUAGGGAUAAUAUGGAGCGCAGGAUGGUUGUUAAGGAACGGUUGAUGGUGAUGGAGAAUACGUUGGGGUUUGGGCAUAUUUCGCAUGCGAGACGGUUGCUAGAGACGGUUUGGGCUGAUGAAGGAGGGGAUGGGAAUUGGGCGAGAAUUAGGUAUAUUGCUUUGUUCGCAUCUUUAGAAUUUACUUCUACAGGAAAAAUCUGUGUUGCCGUGAUGUAG